AUGGAAAGAAUUUUGCAGCCCUUUUUUGAAGGAAACUUGUGCAGUAACGGUUAUCGUACUGAGAAACAUGGUGCUCUUGAAGUGAUAAACCACGCCGAUAAAUACUGCUGUUCUGGCUGGACCGUCGACAUCCUUAUUCGUCUCUCACUCCAAUUAUCAUGUACCUUUAUUCUGUAUUUCCAAGCCGAAGGUAUAUAUGGUGUGUAUGAUAAUGUCACUGGAUCGUGGAACGGUGUGGUCCAAGAUCUUAUUACUGGUAAAGGUGAUAUAGCAGUUGAUUUAGCUUUGGUAUCAAAUCGUUGUAUGGUAGUAGACUGUUCUUUGGGUUAUCUUUUUGAUGGUUUCAAUGCGAUUGUGAAGUUAGGAAUGUCCGCACAAGAAAUGGAAAACACCGAAAAUGAUCGCUUUCGUUCGCUGUUGAAGAAUUUUCAGAUAUUUGUAAGUCCGUUGCACAUCGAUCUUCUCAUCACUGUUGUCAUUAUUUUCAACGUUUUCCUCGUUUUCAUAUGGGCUGCGGACAAAAUAUGUUUGUCAUUCAGAAACAGAAAUGUUGGCAGAAAAAAGGAAACUUUUUCAUUGCUCGAGUCGUUCAGCUACGUUUGGGCAACAGCUUUUGGACGUGACGUUGGAGAUAGCAAGAAACCAAUAACAUUAAGCGCUCGUUAUUUAGCUAGUUGGCUUGCCUUUCUUUCACUGGUGUUUGUCAAUGUUUAUGUUGCACGAUUAAUGGCUGAGAUUGUCAAACAAAAAGAAAGCAAGCCAUUUACGAGUUUACAAGAUCCACGGAUUGUAAAACGCGGUUUGAAGUUAGGUGUGGUUAGAGGCUCUGCUAUGGAAGCAUAUUUUCAUAAGACCCAUAAUGUGGUGUUGAAAAAGAUUUUUGAAGAGAAUAUGAAGAACAACGUUCUUCCAUCGCUUAAAGAAGGCAUUGAACAAGUUAAGAAUGGAACCAUUCAUGGCUUUAUAGCGGAUACGCUGUCCUUAGAGACAAACAUAAACCGAGAUCCAAAUUGUUCUUUAUCGUUGAUGGGAAGAGAUUUCUUCACCGUUCCCGUAGGAUUCCUAUUUCGAAAGAAUUGGCCAUGGGCGGAAAAAUUCAAACUGAUGCAACUCCGGAUGAACGAAGACAAACGAUUUGAAGAUGAAUGGAAAAUGAAACGCCGUCAAAGUUCUUGUCAAACUCGACGCUCUGAUAUGCAUACACGCUUGAGUGUUGCUGAUAUGAGCGGUGUAUUUUUAAUCUUGAUUUUUACAUUUGCCUAUUGUUGCUUUUGUUUAUUUUUCGAGAACACUUAUCAAUUGCUAAAACAUUAUUAUGUCAAUUUCAAGAAAAGUUGGAAAAUACCACAACGGGCAAGACAAGUAAAACAUAAUGCUACCAAUGUUGAUUGAAAACUUAA